AUGAAUAAAGGGCAACCGUGGUUUUACUCCGUCCGUAUAUACAGACUGAGCAACAAACAUCCCGUGUGGACAGGGAUAGCGGUAAACCCGCUUCAUCCUCACAGUAUAUCAUUGGAUCUAAUUACUUUCAAGAUCAUCUCCAGCAUCGUACCUUCUGCCUGGGGAGUAUAUUUCGGCGCUAAAAUGCAAGUACCCUCUUCCAAAUCCCAACUCCUUAACCUACACCGAACUCAUCCCUUCAACCUCGAACCACAGGAUCGGAAAAAGCUGGUCGGAAUACCUCAACUUAACAUCACCCGUCUAUGGCGCCAUCGCAUGCCUAUUCGUCGCAGACCUGAUCAUAUCCUUAAUGGUAUGUUUAUUACUGUGGAACAAGAGACCACGAUCAUCCGUUACUCGGCGAACCUCCUCAAUGAUCAAAACAUUAAUCGGAUACACAGUUACAACCGGCCUGCUUACAAGCUUCACAUCCCUCAUCGGGUUAAUCCUCUAUACACCACAGCCCUCCUCGCAUCUCUCAACCGGCGCGGGCGCAUGCGCGACGUCGCCGAUGGCGAUACCAAUCCAUCAUCCGAGAUGGUCAGUGCGCAUUUUCACACCGCCACCAACACCACCACCAAUAUCAACACCGCCACCAACACCAACGCCAACGCUACUAUCGGUUUCGGCGUCGGCGUCGGCGUCGGCGUCGUCAGCGUCGGUGUUAUCAGCGUGAAGCAGAAGGAUUUCGAGCGGGACGUAGAGAGAAGGGGAGAGGGAGGCGAGGACGAGGACGAGGAGGACGAGUGGGAGGAGGAUGAUUGGGGAGAGGGGGAUACGGAGAAGAGGGAAAAUGUGAAGGAGGCAAUGUCCAGUCAUCCAAAUACAGAUUCCGAAGUCGUUAGUGAACGAGGUGGUAGGAGAGGUUUGAGUAACAUAUAG